UGCUCCCGUCCUGCCGUCUGUGUCCGGGUCGCGCCGCCGGGUCCCUCCUUACCCGCCCGCAGCGGGACACGCACUUUCCCUGCCGGGGCAGAAGUAGCCGCCAGCGGCGAGGCCGGGCGGCUUGUGAGGGGAGGGGAACACGGGGCUCCUCUCCUCGGCCCCACGAGGCGCCUGGGGCUGUGCCCUGGGGGGACGCGCCUGAGGGCCCCGGCUGCCUGCAGCGGGGCGGCCCCUCCCGCUCCCCGAGGCAGGAAGAUGCCGGUGAAGAAGAAGAGAAAAUCCGCGGCGGCGGCGGUAGCGGAUGAGACCGGCCUCAAGAAAUGUAAACUGGGCAGCUAUUGCAGAUCGCAAGCCUCUGGUAAAGUGAUAAGUGGAGAGGAGCAUUUUUCAAGCAAGAAGUGCCUGGCUUGGUUUUAUGAAUAUGCAGGUCCUGAUGAAGUUGUAGGGCCAGAGGGAAUGGAAAAGUUCUGUGAAGACAUUGGUGUUGAACCUGAAAACAUUAUUAUGUUAGUUUUAGCCUGGAAAUUAGAGGCUGAAAGCAUGGGAUUUUUUACCAAGGAAGAAUGGUUAAAGGGGAUGACCUCGUUACAGUGUGACUGCACAGAAAAGUUACAGAGUAAGUUUGAUUUUUUGCGGUCACAACUGAAUGACAUUUCAUCCUUUAAGAAUAUCUACAGAUAUGCCUUUGAUUUUGCAAGGGAUAAAGACCAGCGAAGUCUUGAUAUUGAUACUGCAAAAUCUAUGUUAGCACUUCUGCUUGGAAGAACAUGGCCACUGUUCUCAGUAUUUUAUCAGUACUUGGAGCAAUCAAAGUAUAGAGUUAUGAACAAGGAUCAGUGGUACAAUGUGUUAGAAUUCAGCAGAACUGUGCAUGCAGAUCUUAGCAACUACGAUGAAGAUGGUGCAUGGCCCGUUCUCCUUGAUGAAUUUGUUGAGUGGCAAAAAGUUCGUCAAGUGUCAUAGCAAGAACUUUGAAGAAAAUGCAGAAUUUUUUGAUGCCCACCUCUGUACAAACUAAUGAGACAAAACCAAGGGUUGCAUUUUCAUGCUUAUGAAAGACUGUACAGUGAUUUUUUUUUCCUUUUUUUUUUAAAGGAAGUUUUCUUGUUACAUGUGAUAUGGGCAUUGAACCACACCUCUUCUGAGACUGAAAGUUGGAGUUUGUUUUUGAGUCUUAUGUUUAUAGCAUUUAUUUCAGAACAAUAAAGAUCCAGAUUUGUGACAAAGGCCUAAAAGUGAA